GUCUGCGGGGAGAAGAACCGCUUCGAGAAGCUGAUGGAGUAUUUCCGAAACGAGGACACCAACAUCGACUUCAUGGUGGCCUGCAUGCAGUUCAUCAACAUCGUGGUGCACUCGGUGGAGAACAUGAACUUCCGCGUCUUCCUGCAGUACGAGUUCACCCACCUGGGGCUGGACCACUACCUGGAGGCGAAAAAACUCACCGAGAGCGACAAGCUGCAGGUGCAGAUCCAAGCCUACCUGGACAACGUCUUCGACGUGGGGGCCAUGCUGGAGGACUCGGAGACCAAGACGGCCGUGCUGGAGCACAUGGAGGAGCUGCAGGAGCACGUCAGCCAGCUGACGGAGAAGCUGCAGGAUGCGGAGAACGACUCCAUGGCCAAGAUAGCGGAGCUGGAGAAGCAGCUGAGCCAGGCGCGGCGGGAGCUGGGGGUGAAGAAGCCGAUCCAGACCAAGUUUCGCAUGCCCGUCUUCAACUGGGUGGCACUGAAGCCGAGCCAGAUCGAUGGCACCGUCUUCAACGAGCUCAACGACGAGAAGGUGCUGCAGGAGCUGGACAUGAGUGACUUUGAGGAGCAGUUCAAGACCAAGGCGCAGGGCCCCGGCUUGGACAUCAGCGCCCUCAAGGUGAAGGCCACGCAGAAGACUCCCAGCAAGGUCACACUCAUGGAGUCCAACCGAGCCAAGAACCUGGCCAUCACCCUCCGCAAGGGCGGCCGCAGCGUCCAGGACAUCUGCACAGCCAUCGAGACGGUCGGCUGCGCGGCGUGCUGGCACAUGGGGACACUGGCACUGCCCGGGGACCACCCUCGGGGCUGGGGGGACACGGGGACCAGCUUCUCCCUGGACAGCGUGCUGCAGGACGUGCGGAGCCUGCAGCAGGGCAUGGAGCUGACCCGCAAGGAGUUCAUGCGGCAGGACGACAGCCUGGUGCUCAAGGACUUCCUCAAGGUCAACUUGGAGGUGAUGGAGAAGCUGCAGGCUGACAGCAAAACCGCCAAGGUGGCUCUGAAAACUGUUCCUUUCACGGCCCGGACGGGCAAGCGCUCGUCCCGGCUCUUCUGCGACGUGAGCUUCAACGAGGAGAGUCCUCUGUAG